AUGGGGAAAAACGAAACAUCUAGCAGUUGGAAAGCUCGGCAUCAAGUAAGUGGCUUGAUGAGAAUAACUAAGCUGACACUCCAGAGUUGGCUGUUGCCACAAGAGGGUGAUGCCUUACAUUCAUGCAGAGAUCGGAUUAUGAAUCUAAAGAUUCCAUCAUAUUCAAGAUGCAGUUUAAGUUUUUAUCUUGAAAGCCGGAGUGGUAAAGAAUUAUUUGGUCACUGGUGUGAACAAAAUAGAAAGAGGCAGCUAUUAGGGCCUUCCAAAGAGCAAGAUGCAAACGUGCUGGGUAGCUUUGUGUAG